AUGGGAAGGAAAAAAGAUGGCGAAUUACCAAUAGUCAGAAAGAUAAUUAUAGUUUUGAAUAUGGCAAUCAAAAGAAAAUUAAUAUUCCUAAAUCAAUAAAAGGAUCCAAGAAUCAAAUAGUAUAAUCAAUAAGUUCAUACUUAAAUCAUUCAUGAUUAAUAACAUAAAAUGGUUAAUUAUUUAUUUGUUAUUCUGCAUUACAUGGUGUAGUUAAUUCAAAUUUAAAUAAUAAUUUAAGUAAAUUAGAUUUUGAAGAUGCCUAUUAACCAUUUUAUUCAAACUUCUUAAUUUUAUAGAAAUGAAAGGAUUGUUGGUUACAUAAGUAGUGACAGAAGACUAUCACUAUCAUACAUUAUGUUUAUUAGAUAUUGGAUAGGUUAAUGAAUGAGGAGGAAAGCUUCAUAAAAAAUUAAGAUCAAAAGCAGAUAAACCAACAAGAAUUGAAACAUUAAUAAUCUAUAUUGGUUGAGGUGAUUUUCAUAGUGCAGCAUUAAACAAAUUGA